AUGGGCAAGGACUUCGAUGAGUAUGAUGACUUUUCAGACGAGGAGCUCCUCGUGGCCCUUACUCAGGCUGUUGAUGCCGCAGCCGAGGCCGCACUAACUGGGAAUGAAACGAGGGGUAACUCCAGCAACCCUCUAGCAGUCCAACCUCCUCCAAGCCAGUUCUCUAGAAGGACGAGUCCUCCCCGACCGGUCAGUCAGUUCAGUCAGCCUGUCCAGCCCAGGAAACCAGGUCAGUUCAGUCAAUUUACCCAGCCCGCUCAGUCUGGGCAAGCCGGACAGCCCAGCCAGUUUAGUCAGUUCAACCAAACUGCGCAAACGAAACAAGGAGGCAUCAGUCAGUUUAGCAGAGGUCCCGCUCGUACGCUCAGUAACACCUCGAAUCGAAGUUAUCAGAGCAACCCUACUUCCAAAUCUCCUACCACCUCACCUGAACGACCCCGUCAGCCUGCCGCUCCCCGCACGCUUCAACGGCAUCCAUCACACACCCAAACUUACCGACAAACAACACUUUUUGGAGGCACCUUGCGGGAGGAUCCAGGUCGAAUCACAGCAUCACAGACACUUAACAAUCGCCCGUAUCUGGCCGACCUGCCUCUUGAACCGCCUACGCACCAUAAGCUGAACGAAAGCGAGCUUGGGAAGUGGGUAUAUCCCCUGAACCUCGGCCCUAUUCGCGAUUACCAGUUCAGCAUCGUCAAAAAUGCCCUCUUCCACAACACUCUAGUCGCUCUUCCGACAGGCCUCGGCAAAACCUUCAUCGCAGCCACAGUUAUGUUGAACUUCUUUCGCUGGACGAAAGAUGCCAAGAUCGUCUUUGCGGCCCCGACCAAGCCCCUGGUCUCUCAGCAGGUCGAGGCUUGCCUUAAUGUUGCUGGCAUUCCGAGGUCACAGACCACGCUGCUUACGGGUGAGACGAGCCCGAGCCUUCGGAGAGAGGAGUGGGAGACUAAGCGACUCUUUUUCAUGACUCCCCAAACUCUGAUGAACGAUCUCUCCAUUGGAUCGGCCGAUCCAAAGAGCAUCGUUCUCCUGGUCAUCGACGAAGCCCAUCGUGCGACUGGCGACUAUGCCUACGUCAAGGUCAUCGAGUUCAUGCGGCGUUUCAACAAGAGCUUUCGAGUUCUUGCGUUGACGGCUACUCCUGGUUCGACCGUUGAAGGGGUUCAGGAAGUCAUUGACAACCUUUGUAUCUCGCAUGUGGAGAUCAGGACCGAGGAGUCGAUAGACAUCCGUCAGUAUGUUCACUCACGCAACAUUGAGACGGUUACCUUCGACCCUUCCGACGAGAUGGAAGAGGUGAAGAGUCUGUUCUCCAAAGCGCUCAAGCCCCUGGUGGACAAGUUGAGUUCGCAAAACAUCUACUACGGCAGAGACCCCAUGAGCCUGACAACUUAUGGCUUACUCAAGUCCAGGAAUGAGUGGUUGGCUGGACCAGGGAGACAUGCCAACCAGGGCCUCAAAUUCAUGAUAAUGAGCGUCUUUGGCAUUCUCCAAAGCGUCGCUCAUUCCAUCAAGCUGCUCAAUUUCCACGGAAUUAAGCCCUUCUACUAUGCUAUGGCCGAAUUCCGUUCUACAGAGGAGGCCAAGGGAGAGAGAGGUUCAAAACUCAAGCGGCAACUCCUCAAUGAUGAGAGUUUCCAGAAGAUGAUGACCAUGAUCGAGAAGUGGAUGAAGCUCAAGGACUUCCAUGGUCACCCGAAGCUGACAUAUCUCUGUCAGGUCCUUGUCAACCAUUUUGCUGAUGCGGGAGAAGGGUCUAACACUAGGGCCAUUGUCUUCGCCGAGUAUCGCGAUAGUGCCGAGGAGAUUGUUCGUUUACUGAACACGCAGCCCAUGGUCAGUGCCACCGUGUUUGUUGGGCAGGCUGAUUCCAAGAGAAGCGAGGGUAUGAAGCAGAAGCAACAGAUCGAAACGAUCGAGAAGUUCAAGUCGGGACAGUUCAAUGUGCUUGUUGCCACAUCCAUUGGCGAAGAGGGCCUUGAUAUCGGUCAGGUCGACUUGAUUAUCUGCUAUGAUGCCUCGUCUUCACCGAUCCGCAUGCUCCAACGCAUGGGUCGUACCGGCAGAAAGAGGGCGGGCAACAUCGUAUUGCUGCUCAUGAAGGGCAAGGAGGAAGAGAAGUUUGCGGAGGCCAAGGACAAUUACCAAAAGAUGCAGCAGCUCAUUUGCGAUGGUGCUAGCUUUACUUUCCGUCAUGAACUAUCUGCGCGAAUUAUCCCGCGCGACAUCAAACCGGAAGUCGACAAGCGCCAUAUUGACAUCCCGAUCGAAAACACCCAAGACAAGUCGCUUCCCGAGCCGAAGAAGACCCCUCUUAGGGGAAAAAAGAAGCCGCUUAAAAAGAAAUUCCACAUGCCCGACGGUGUGAUCACCGGCUUUAUCAAGGCCUCCGAGUUUGGCCAGCAUAGUGGCAAGAAUCAAGCUGGCAAUGCCCCCAAAGAGCCGUCCGAACUCGAAGAGCUCGCCGAUAUCCCCAGGUUGGACAGAGUUUUCCUGGAUAAAGACAAGAUAAAUCAGCUCAACCGACGCUACAAGACGCUUCCACGUGGCCAGAAUGGCAAGACCGAGGAGAUUGAUGCCUCGACGCUUACCGCCUCUCCUAUGGCUCUCGUGGCACUCACUCGCACCUCCAAGAUCAAGCACAGCGAUCUAACAAAGCGCUGCGUCCAGCUCUUCCAGAAGCUCAAAGAACGCCGCGAGAAGAGCUGGGCCUAUGAAGACCCUUGCCCUGACUUCGACCCAAAGGACUGGCAGAAACUUCCUAUGACCCCGUACGCCGAUGAUACCGAUGGCGGCCAAGAUGUUGACGACCAUGACGAGUCAUCGAAGAAGAGCCCUACUCGUCCGAGACAGACAAAGCGAGGCCGCGUGCCCAGCAGUGGUGCGAGUAGUCCCGCCGGCAAGGUCACCAAGAAACGCCGUAUUGACCACAACUGGCUGGAUGAUUGCGCCAAGGUAGUUGACGACGAUGACGAAGAAGCCGCCGCCUCAGCCACGACCACACCAGCCCAUGGGCGUGGUCAUAAUGGGAAAGGCGGCAGAACCCCAAGCAGUAUCCGUGGCCGUAUCAAGCGUGUGGGCGACCACCUCGAGGACAUCGGUGAUGACUGCACGCGUACGAGCGACAUGGCGGAGACGGAUGGUUCUGACAGCGGCGGGGACUUGGCAGACUUUAUUGUCGACGAUGAUGUGCCAUCGUCUGCGCUGCGCGUGAGGUCGUCUGGUGAUGAGGAUGGGUUCUCAUCGUCUUUGCCCGCGUCGUCGGGGUUGAGUUUGAGGUUGGGUAAGCAGGAGAAGGAUGAGGUUGAAGAGAAGCCGUUCUGGGAGCCGACCAAGUUUGACCCGACGCAGGAUUCGGGCUCGGAUGAUGAGAUGCCUGAUUUGGAUCAGAUUGUGGAGUCGGCUAAGAAGGAGAAACAGAAGCAGAAGGAGGAUAAGGGGGAAUGGAAGGAAAAGGCGACAUCCCGCGUUGCGAGGACAAGAACUACGACCAGGAAUGGUGGGGAUGAGGAGAAUGAGGAUGAAGAGCCGCGCCCGUCGCCGAGGAAGCCCUUGGGGAAGAGAAGGAAGCAGAUAUUGACGGAUAGUGAGGAUGACGAGUGA